GUGUCAAAAAUAAUUUGAUAAUCUGAUAUAUAUAUUUAUAUAUAUAUAUUUUUUCUACAAUAUAAGAUGAAACACAGUGAGAUUUGCAAAUUGCUGCAGCUGCUGGUUACAUUGCCCUUGGUUCUUGGCAGCGAAGAUGAGUCAAGAGUGAGUCGAGUGAGGCGUCUGGCUACUCCCAACUACGAUCCGGAAGUGUACGAAAAUAUGGCCAAAUAUGUCGUGUCGAUUAGGUCACGUUCGCCGCACAAAUACUUUGGCGACAAUCAUUUCUGUGGCGGCUGCAUAAUAUCCCCCCGAUUUGUGAUAACUGCCGCGAUGUGUGUCAUGGACGAAGGAAAGAUAAUGCUUCGAAGUCGGGUGCUGGUGGUCGUUGCUGGAGCGCCAAACCGUCUGAAGGUUGUCACGGAUCAGACUCUCAAUGUUCCGAUUUGCGAUAUUUUCGUCCCGACAAACUAUACCGUGUUCAAUACCAACAAUAUUGCGCUUAUGGAGCUGGCUUAUGACCUUCCCUCCGCGAAUAAGCACAUUGGCAUUAUCAAUCUGCCCACCCAACCACCCGCUACUGAUCUCACUUACAGGGUCCUGGGCUGGGGACGCGUCUAUAAAGGCGGUCCUCUGGCGUCCAGAAUAUUGUUUAUCGAUGUCAACUUACAGAAAAGAAAUGUUUGCGAGUCUCUGAUCGAAAAUUUCAAGCCAGCAAUGUUGUGCGCCGGCAAUUUGAAUUCUUCAGAAGAUGAAAAUCCCUGCCCGGGCGAUUCCGGCGAUCCGCUAUUGUUGAAUUUAACAAUUUAUGGCAUCGCCACAUAUGGCCUUGGCUGCGGUUAUGGCUAUAUGCCAUCGGUCUACACGGACGUGUGGUACCACAUGGGCUGGAUCAAUGAAGUCCUAAAGCAAAAUCUCAGCCCCAAAUAUCAAUUUCAACCCCAUUAUAUGUUCCUAUUGUUAAUUAUGUUGAUAAUUGCAUUUUAAGCGGAUUUACUUCCUUAGAAGGCAUUCCAUAUGUUGCUAUACUGAUAUGUGGAAUGCAUAAUAAAGCAUUCAAUAUGUUGACUUGUAAA